UUAAAUCUUAAUCUGGUUAAUCUCAAGAUGAAUUAAAAACUGAUACAGUUUAUAUAAAACGAUGUGUGUAUGUACGUGAACAAUUUUACAAAGAACACCUUUGGCUGAGCUAUAAGCCUGCCCGGUCCGUAGUCUCUCGUUAGCAACAGCUUUCCCACCACACUGUCAUAGGGAAACACCAUUACCUUGUCACGGCAAGAAAUGGAUCGCGUAUAUGACUAGUACAAAGUUUUUACGAAAACGGAAGGAAUUCGACUUCAGAAACACACACACACAUACAUACACACAAACCAAAGCUGAUCUAGAAGUAAUUUCUUAUUCGUCAUGAAAGUCGGACUGUUCAGAACAUCGUGAGCUAACUAGGCGUUCGGAACACGGAAUGAAGUCCAAUAUAUCCUCGCUGAUAUGUCAGGAGGGUGAGGGGGAGGAGUCUGUACCUUCUCCUGGAACCAACAGCACAUCAGAUGAGGAGUGGCACCCCAGUACUGACAGACGCCGAGCCGGACUGCCGAGGAGAGAGAAGUGUCUGAAAAAAAAAGAAAACCUACCCCAACGUCCAGUGUUGAAUGAAAAUGAGGAUGAGAAUGAUCAGCUCUGUGAUGAUCAAUUUUACUGCGAGGAGUGCCAGUCCUUCUACUUUGAAGAGUGUGAAACCCACGGCCCUCCUUCCUUCACCCACGACUCCCCGAUUCCACUCGGGGUUCCUCAGAGAGCCCUGCUCACUCUGCCCCCGGGCAUGGUCAUUGGGCGUUCCAGCAUCCCAGGAGCAGGCCUUGGGGUGUUUAACCAGGGACAGCUGGUGCCUGUUGGAAUGCAUUUUGGACCAUUUGAGGGAGAGGUGACCAGUAAGGAAAAGGCCAUUGAGAGUAGCUACUCAUGGGUGAUCUGUAGGAAGAAGAACCAGUAUGAGUUCAUUGAUGCCAUACGAGAUUCUCAUUCCAACUGGAUGAGGUAUGUGAGCUGUGCACGCAGUGAGGAGGAGCAGAAUCUUGUGGCUUUUCAGCACAGGGGACGAGUCCUGUACCGGUCUCUCCGCCUGAUCCCUCCAGGGCAGGAGCUCUUGGUGUGGUAUGCAGACGAGUACGCCAAGGAGCUGGGCAUCAUCUGGGACUCACUGUGGAACAAAAAGUGCACUAUAGCAGAUGUGUCGACAGAAGAGCACUCCAAGGUCUUCCCCUGUAUGGAGUGCCAGUUCUCCUUCACUGCAGAAGUCUACCUCCAUAAGCACAUCAGACGCUCUCAUCCUGAAGAGUUCACCAGGCUCCAAGGGUCAGGGUCUAUCUGCAGCCAGUGCGGGAGGGGGUUCAGUAACUUGGACAGCCUUAAAGAGCACCAGUGUGCCGAGGCGGGGGAGAGGCCUCACUGCUGCUCCGAGUGCGGGAGGACCUUCACCCGCUCGUGCCACCUCAAAAGGCACGAGCGGACCAUCCACAUUAAGGAGAAGCCGUACUGCUGCAGCCAGUGUGGGAAGUGCUUCAGCCAGUCGGCGGGGCUGAAACGACACCAGCACGUACACACAGGAGGCAGACGGAACCAUGGGAGGGUGGACGUAAUGCCCAAGGUCUUCCCCUGUUUGCACUGCACUUUCUCAUUCACGUCAGCGUUCCUUCUCCAUAAGCACAUGAAGCGCCAUCACCCAGAGGAGCUCUGCGGGCAGCAUAACGAACCUAACGGGACUGAGAGCGACGUCCCCAAGCAGCUUCCGCUUUCCGACGCCCCGCCCGACGAAACCAGGACCGCUUCCGACACUCCCCCGGCUCAUUGGAACUCCAGAAAAGGGAAGAUCUUCAAGCGCCUCGGAGCAUCAGCGCCGGCAAAACGCCAAAAGGCCGAGAGACCGUUUCCGUGCUCUCAGUGCGGGAAGAGUUUCAGAGACGCCGAGACCCUGAAGGGCCACCAGUGUGAGACUGAGGAGGGGCCGUUCCAUUGCCUGGAAUGCGGGAGAAGCUUCACUCGCUCGUGCAACCUCAAAAGGCACCAGCGGACCAUCCACACGAAAGAGAAGCCGUACUGCUGCAGCCAGUGCGGAAAGUGCUUCAGCCAGUCGGCGGGGCUGAAGAGACACCAGCAGAUACAUGCGGACGGGAGACGACACCACCAGGGCGUGGAUGUGGCUACCCAGGUCUUCUCCUGCUCGUACUGCACGUUCUCCUUCACUGCCGAGCGCUACCUCUACAAGCACCGAAAGCGAUACCACCCUUUGGAGCACCUGCUCAGGACCGGGUCGGUCCGGGUGGCUCAGAUAGGGGACGGACCUAACUUUUGCUCCCAGUGCGGGAAGAGUUUCAGUUGCCUGAAAAGCCUUAAAGCUCACCACUGCAUGCGGGUGGGAGAGAAACUGUACCUCUGCACGGACUGUGGGAAAAGCUUCUCUUGGUUCUACGGCCUCAGACAGCACCAGCGCAUUCACACCGGGGAGAAACCGUUCGGCUGCACCGAGUGCGGGAAGCACUUCGUCCACUCGGGGCAGCUGAACGUUCACAUGCGGACGCACACGGGAGAGAAGCCGUUCCUCUGCACCGAGUGCGGCGAGAGCUUUCGGCAGUCGGGAGAUCUUAAGCGUCACGAGUGGAAACACACGGGGGUGAGGCCCUGCCGCUGCGAUGAGUGCGGAAAGAGCUUCAGCCGCCCACAGAGUCUUAAAGCGCACCAGCAGCUGCACACAGGAGAGAAACUGUACCACUGCUCUGUGUGUGGCAAGAGUUUUGCUCGAAGUUGGCACCUAAGAAGACACCAUCAGAAAAUGCAUUCCUCUUGAGCAUAUAUGCAUUAGUGUGCGCUUAAUGAGCUUUGUGUGUGAUUUACCAUACCCUCAUAAUCCAGACAACAUCAUUCAAUAACUGUUUAAAGACAAUACAUCUACAUGAUGUACGUGAAGUAUGGUCUGAACAGUUCUGGGGAAAAAGUUUCUCUCCGAAAUAUUUAACAGCUGAAAAUGUUUGAUUCUAGGGCGACCUAUAGACAUAGUGCCUAAGGUGCCUGACUGGGACCUGAAAGGUUGGUCGUUGAAGCCCCAGUGUAGCCACAAUAAGAUCAGUGCAGCUGUUUGGGCCCUUGGGCAAGGCCCUUUACCCCACAUUGCCCCAGGGGGAUUGGCCCCUGUUCAGUCUAAUCAAUCUCCCUUUGGAUAAAAAUGUCAGCUAAAUAAGUAAUGAUUGAAAGCGGUGUUUAUUAACAUAUAACAUGGUUCUGUUUUUGCUCACAUGCUUGAAAAAUACCAAAUGUGUACAGAUGGCAAUUAAAGCUCUAAUGAUAAACA